AAUGCAAUACCCCUCAUACCUGAUUCAAACUUAAUUCAGAAACCAUCAAGAACUGACACAAAAAAAUUACGCAAUAAAUAUGCAAGGUUAUUCAAAUGCAGUGUUGAAAAAUGCUUUGAAGAAACAGCAGCUGUAAGGGCAUUUGGAACUGAAAUAUCUUUGCGGAAGGCUACAAAAAUACGAAUGAAUCAAAGCUUUGAAACUUUUGCAAACUUAAAAGUUCGUAAUGAAAAAAAAAAAUCCAAAUAAACUUAAAGAUCAUACUGGAAACUACACAAAUAAAUGGAAUGAAAAUGAUUGUUGGAAGGAGGUAGUUUCUUAUGUGCCAGGUACAAAAAUCAAUUUUACUGAGCUAGCACAAAAAUACAAUGUUAUUUACAGUAAUGGUGAGAUAGCUAAAAAUGGGGGUCAAAUUGUAAAACAGUUUCUAUCAAGUAAAGGUGUUGACUUAAGUUGUUUGAAAUAUAAAGGCCAAGGAAAUAGAAUAAUAAGACGAUGUAAGAAGAAAAUUCAUGCAACAGAUAUUAGUAUACCUGCUGAACCAACAAUAAAAAAAAUUAAGUUGAAUAUAAAAGAGAAAGUGUCUAAAGGAGAAUAUACCAUUGGUGAAUUAAUUAUACCACAAAAGUUCCAAAUCCUUACAAUAACUGAUGAUAAAUCUUUUAAAACUACUGAGGUAGAUGUAGCAGGUAGAAAAAUCCCUCUUAAUCAUAUCAGAAAAACACUUGCUGAAAAGCACAAAUGUUUUAUGCGAUUACAUUCAGAAUCUGAAAUAAAUUCAAUGAGCGAUGGCAAGGUUAAAGAAGAACUAAAUCGUUUAAAUGAAAACGACAAUAGCAUUCACAAACUUCAGGAUUUGCGAAAAAAACUAUUAUAUUUUAACAGAAGAAGACACAUACAAGUUUGGCAUGAUGGAUCUACUGUAAACAACCAUUCACAUUUACUGUUUAUGGUGAACUGUGUGUAUGAUAAAGCAAUAUAUUACACUGAAAAGGAGUAUUUUGAAAUUCAUGGUAAAAAAAUUGACGUUCAAGCUCAGAUUGAAAAACCUGAACUUUAUAUAUUUGUUGUUCAUCAACAGAUAAACAGCUUAUGUACACAAGUACCAGAAACGUUGUUCAUCAACAGAUAA